AUGGAAAACGGUGAAGUAUCUCAUACAUAUACGUCAAGGAUCCCGAUUCUUCCGGUGAAAUUCGAACAUAGUCACAAUGUUAUGGUGGCCGAAGCAUUCAGUUACUUACGUAUGACAUUAGAUACACAGAACACAUUUCUUAAAUAUUUUGAUGACGGAAUGACACCGUCAGUGGCAAGAGCAUACCAUGAAAUGUUUAUUGAGUCGCAGUAUGAAGGUCCUGAUUUGUAUGUUCAUUUAUCCAAUGCUCAAGUUAUUCCAACUGAAAGGCAAGUUAACUACCUGUACGAAAAAUGGAGAACUGCUAAUUUUGGAACUCGGGAAGAAAAAAGCAUUUUGGAUGUUCUACGACAAAAAGAGGAAUCCUUAAGUCAAGCAGGACUAAAACUAAUAUUAAAAGAAAAUCCAUUAAUCAUAAUAGUUCUUACUCCUAUAAUGCUACGAGCACAUAGGCGAGACUAUUCACAUGACAUUGUCUUUAUCGACUCCAGUGGUUCGUGCGACCAAACUAAUAUUUCCAUAACAUUCUUAUUUGCUGCCUCUAAGAUAGGAGCUGUACCGUUAGCAUGUAUUUUACAUACUGAACAAAGUGAGGCUAAUUAUACAUUAGCAUUUAGUUUAUUGCGUGAGAAGUUAGGAAAUGAAGGAUUUGGUGGUUUUGGUUUUCCCAAUGUUAUUAUGACGGACGAUUCUCUUGCAGAGAGAAACUCACUGAGGACCGUUUUUCCAGAAUCACAUUUAUUGCUUUGUAUAUUUCACGUAUUACAAGCCUUUUGGAGAUGGUUAUGGAGCAGCAACCAUGGAAUCUCAAAGGAUCAUAGAAAAAUAAUAAUGACACAAUUUCAACGACUGCUUUAUUCAGUAUGUAAAGAAAAUGCAGAGGAGAUUUAUAAUGAAACUUUAAGUAAUGAAAUAUAUUUGCUAUAUGAUAAUCUUAUUAAAUACGUAAAAGGUAUGUGGGAAUGCAAAAGAGAUUGGAUUCUAUGUUUCAGAAAUCAACUUCUAACAAAAGGACACAACACUAACAACUUUGCUGAGGCUUCUAUUAGAAUUUUUAAGGACAUCGUUUUACAACGUUGUAGAGCUUUCAACGCAUGUGCCCUUGUUGACUUCUUCGUAACAGUAUUUGAAUCAUAUCACAGAAAGCAUCUACUCACUUAUGCAAACAACAGAAAAAAUAAAUAUAUUAACAACCAAAUGCUUCAGCAAAGCAAAAACAUAUCAACUUGUGAAUAUCCACCCAUGAAUUUAGGCGAGAAUUUGGCCAAUAUUUUCAUUCGUUAUGGCGAGAAUAAUUUGCUGUUCCGCGUAUCUAUUUGUUUCGACAACGAUUUUAUUAAUAACAUCGUCGGAUACAAGUAA